UAGGUUUGAGUGGCAGGAGAGAGUACAUAAUAUUUUGGAAUCGUUUUGGUUUGAGCAACACAAAAGCUAACAACAUGGGAAGCGAAGGCGCGAGGAAACCUAGAAUCCUCUGCCUUCAUGGGUUUCGAACCAGCGCUGAAAUUCUCAAAACGCAGAUUCAUAAGUGGCCCCAAUCCGUCCUAGACAACUUCGAUCUCGUCUUCGUCGAUGCCCCUUUUCCCUGCCAAGGCAAAUCCGACGUCGAAGGAAUUUUCGAUCCCCCUUACUACGAGUGGUUUCAGUUCAACAAGGAAUUUACAGAGUACACUAACUUUGACGAGUGUCUCAAGUACAUUGAGGAGUGCAUGAUCAAACACGGGCCUUUUGAUGGGCUUCUUGGUUUUUCACAGGGUGCGAUAUUAUCAGCUGCGCUGCCCGGUCUUCAGGAGAAGGGCAUGGCACUGACAAAGGUUCCGAAGGUGAAAUUCAUUAUAAUAGUAGGAGGGGCAAAGUUUAGGUCAGCUUCGGUAGCCGACAAAGCAUAUUCUUCUCCUAUUGCCUGUCCCUCCCUUCACUUUCUAGGGGAGACAGAUUUUUUGAAGAAGUAUGGACUUGAACUACUUGAAUCCUGUGUUGAAGCAGUGGUGAUUCACCACCCCAAGGGACACACAAUACCAAGAUUAGAUGAUAAGGGCUUGAAGACCAUGAUGGAUUUCAUAGAAAAAAUUAAGGAGAUAGGUGAAAAUAAGAAAUGAAUUUAGACGACGGCGAGCUAGUGCUUCAAAAUGAUUUUUCAUUUUAGCAUAAAUUAAUACCAUUAGUGUAUCGUGCUUUUAUAGAACUUUGCUUUUGUUUUAUCCUCGAUGGUCAUAUUUCAAGAUAUAUGUAGAGGCUGUGCCAAAUUUGUCACAGCAUUCACUCCCAUCUUCCCAUAUGUUCCUCUUUUUUUUUUAAUGGUUCAUUAGCCAAUAUUUGUUCUUUGUCCACUAUAAAGGCUAAAAUGAAAGAUGAUAAACUGUUGAUGACAACUUUUUCAGUAUUUGUCUUGGGAAUUACAAAAACUGCACCAUCUUU